AUGCAGCCUUCGUCUAAAUACCCGAGCGAUGUUGAACACCAGUCUGUUCCAAAAAGUGUCAAUCCAAGGCUCGCCGUCGACAGCAAUGAGAUAGACAGCAGCUCAGUCGACCACUCGGCCUACGAGGUCUUUUGGUCAAAGGACGAUCCUGAGAAUCCAAAGAAUUGGUCUGCGUUGCAGAAAUGCGUAACUAUCUUCACCAUGGGUUAUAGUGCCACAGUUGUUAGCCUAUUCAGCACAUCAUACACGGUCGGCAUCGCAGGAUUACAAGAGGAAUUCCACAUCUCCAAAAUAUUGGGCCUCCUCGGGGUGACUACCUAUCUAGUCGGCAUGGCGGUAGGAAGCGUUGUCCUUGCUCCGCUGAGUGAGAUGUACGGGCGCCGGCCGAUAUAUCUUGUUUCUGUCAGUUUGUUCACCAUUUUCGUGUUGCCAUCUGCAUUGGCAAAAAACAUUGAGACAAUCCUGAUCACACGUUUCUUUACCGCUUUCUUCGGCAGCGCUAUGAUGUCAAAUUCUCCUGGCACGGUGAAUGAUAUUAUCUCUGAGCGACACCGAGCAUUGGCUUUCGGCUUUUGGUCACUUGGCCCUACGAAUGGACCCGUUAUUGGACCGAUUAUUGGAGGUUUCAUUUUCGAGAAUCUCGGUUGGAGAUGGCUUAAUUGGUUCAUCAUGAUUCUCGGUGGUGUUGCGUUUUUACUGGUCUUAACUAUCAAGGAGACCUAUGCUCCAGUUAUUCUACGUAAACGGAUGAUCAGGAAGAGAAAGGAGACAGGAAAUCUCAAGUGGUGGAGUCGUUACGAUAGUCAAGUGGAAUUCGGAAGUCACCUCCGGACCAAUAUAACUAGGCCGUUGACUAUGAUGGUAAUGGAGCCUAUCUGUGCGUUUUGGAAUUUUUAUACCGCAUUAGUCUAUGGUGUCCUAUAUCUGUGCUUUGUUGCCUACCCACUUGCCUACCAGAAGUACCGUGGCUGGUCUCCUGGUAUUGGAGGUCUCGCUUAUCUUGGCAUAGGAUUUGGAUCCGUUAUUACCAUUGCUUUGGAACCGAUUCUGCGGAAGAUCAUUUCGUCUCACAAGAAGGACACGAGUGGAAAUGUGCCCCCUGAAGCAAUGGUGAGCAUCAUCUGUACAUCGGCUGUUCUGCUAGCGGUAGGGCAAAUUUGGUUUGCCUGGACAUCCACGCCAAAUGUGCAUUGGAUUGUACCAAUUCUGGCUGGUGUUCCGUUUGGGGCUGGAAAUGCAGGUGUCUUCAUAUACAUAAACAACUACAUUGUACAUUCCUAUAAUAAUUACGCGGCAUCGGCUCUGGCAGGGAAUGUAGUACUGCGCAGCAUCUUCGGAGCGGUUCUACCUCUUGCUGGGCCUUCUAUGUAUGCUAGUUUGGGGUUGAAUUGGGCAGGUUUUCUCCUCGGCAUGUUUGAAGCGGUCUGUAUUGCUAUUCCGGUUGUGUUUUACCUUUAUGGGCAUCACAUCCGUGAACGUAGUGUCAUGAUCCGACAAAUGCAGAUUGAAAAAUCAUUAUGA